AUGAUGAAGGCCAGGAUGACACACACUAGACCAUCACUUGACCCGUAUCAAGGUGCUUAUCAGAAUGGGCUGUGCUGGCUGCAUGUAGAGAACUUGCUGUGCAACAAGAGUCCCCCGUCUCCUCAGGAAUCCUAUGAGGAUGGCUGUGAGGAUUAUCCAACUCUAUCAGAAUAUGUUCAGGAUUUCUUGAAUCAUCUCACAGAGCAGCCUGGCAGUUUUGAAACUGAAAUUGAACAGUUUGCGGAGACCCUGAACGGCUGGGUUACCACAGACGAUGCUUUGCAAGAACUCGUGGAACUAAUCUAUCAACAGGCCACGUCCAUUCCAAAUUUCUCCUACAUGGGAGCUCGCCUGUGUAAUUACCUGUCCCAUCACCUGACAAUUAGCUCACAGAGUGGCAACUUCCGCCAAUUGCUACUUCAAAGAUGUCGGACUGAGUAUGAACUUAGAGAUCAAGCUGCGAAGGGGGAUGAAGCUACUCGAAAACGGUUCCAUGCGUUUGUGCUCUUCCUGGGAGAGCUUUAUCUUAACCUGGAGAUCAAAGGAACAAAUGGACAGGUUACAAGAGCAGAUAUUCUUCAGGCUGGCCUUCGGGAGCUGCUGAAUGCCCUCUUUUCUAACCCUAUGGAUGAUAACCUCAUUUGUGCGGUAAAGUUACUGAAGUUGACAGGCUCGGUGCUGGAAGACGCCUGGAAGGAAAAGGAGAAGGCGGACAUGGACGAGGUGGUCCAGAGGGUCGAGAACGUCGUCCUGGACGCGCACUGCAGCAGAGACGUGAAACAGAUGCUCCUGAAGCUUGUGGAGCUCCGUUCCAGUAACUGGGGUCGAGUGCAUGUAACCUCAACCUACAGAGAAGCAACACCUGAAAACGAUCCUAACUAUUUUAUGAAUGAACCAACAUUUUAUACAUCUGAUGGUGUUCCUUUCACUGCAGCUGAUCCAGAUUACCAGGAGAAAUAUCAAGAGUUACUUGAAAGAGAAGACUUUUUCCCAGAUUAUGAAGAAAAUGGAACAGAUUUAUCAGGGGCUGGUGACCCAUACUUGGAUGAUAUUGAUGAUGAGAUGGACCCAGAGAUAGAAGAAGCCUAUGAAAAGUUUUGUUUGGAAUCAGAGCGUAAGCGAAAACAGUGAAGUUAAAUUUCAGCGUAUCAGUUUUAUAAAGCAGUUUAGGUUAUGGUGAUUAGCAGAACACAGGAAAGCAAGAAAAUGUGUCACACUUAUACCAAAUUAAGGAUGUUGAGUUAUGUUACUAAUGUAUGCAACUUUAAUUUUGUUUAACACUCUCUGCCAAAAUAAACUUUAUUCCCUAUAACUUAAAAUGUGUAUAUAUAUAAAAUAGUUUAUUAUGUACAGUUAAUUCCACUGUUUUGGCUGCAAUAAAAUCGAUUUUGAAAUAAAUGAAAUGUUGAAAGUAAAUUUUGCUAGCUGGUUAGAAGCUUAUUCUUUAAAUUCAGCUUUUCUUGAGGGAAAAAGUCUUAGUCUGGAAAUACAUAUAACUGCAAAAAUGUAGCAUCCUUUAUUUAGAUAUGAGUAUAUGACUUUCAUUUAGUUUUACAUUUAAUGUCUCAUUGAACUGGAUUUCAAAUAUGAGUCACAAUCAUAAAAACCUCUGGCACUAAAGUCUCAGAAUGUAUUAUUAACUGACUUACAUAUCCGGGUGUUAUUUGAUACCAAGGGCUUUUAAACUGUCAUUUAAAAUAAAGAGUUAGAACUUCCCACUAAACAACCAAGAUUCUUCACUGAGGAUAUAUUGCAAUUCCGAAUUGUUCAAUUUUUUCACCUAAUGUCAUUACCCAAAAGCCUAUGACAUUAUCCUGCUUUAUUUAUACGGCUUUCUCAUUUUUAUUUGGUAGCAUGAGUUGCAUUGACUUUUUUACUAGAGAAUUUUGCUAGAUCUUUGUCACUCGAGUUUUCAUCGGCUUUAUAAUUGAUACACCUUGAGGAUCACUUUUCUAAUACUUUUACUAUAAUGUGGUACUGCCUCAGUCCUAUUUUUACCUAAUGUCAAAAAUCUUUUCCAACUAACUAAAAGUAAAGCUUAUGUACAAAAAGAUUGCCUGUAAAUAUGCAUGUAAAUAGUUCUGUUAAUAACCCACUGUUUUACAUUUGGUACACCUGUGUCUGCUUCUGCAGUUAGCUUUCCCACCUCUCUGCUUGUUUGUUCAGUCUGGAUUAAAAUUAGACUUUGAAAAUAAAUUGAAAUAGUUUUGUUUUCUCUUAA